ACAGGUGAGUCAGUCAAAAUGGCGACUUUUCCGGAGGUAAACACGACUGACAGCUUUCAAAUCGAGAUACAUCAACUGAGUCUACAUUUAGCUCUCGAAAAAAUGAAAAUAUUUGUCCAUAUUUUGUGUGGUGUGCUGUUGCUCUUCGGGUUCCCUCUCUGUGUUACCAGUCCAGUGCCGACAGGAACAUUUCAGAUCAAAUGCCUUGAGCGUCACUUUUGGCUUUCUGUCAAGUCCAGCUUCCUUGGCCUGAUGAUCCGUUUUGACUUUGAAGACCAGUAUGGAGUCCACCUCUUGUCUGAUCAGGAGGCCACACUUUGUGGUUACGCUACCCUAAUCAAUGAUGUCGGAGACCUGGUGUUUCGUGCCUCCUUCCUGGCCUGUCACGUCCACAGCAAGAGAGGUGCAGACUAUCACCUGCGUCUUUGGUUUGUUAACCUGCAGGGGGAUGGGAAGGUGGCGGCUUAUCCCUUCCAGCUCCACUGCUCACCCCGGGGGCAGUGGAGCACCAGAGAGAUCGUCUGUGAGGAAAACUAUAUGGAGGUGUCCAUCCUGCAGCCUAUCCUCCCCAUUACGUCCAAAAAUGAGAAGAAGGGAGCUGAUGAGGCAGACAUGGCUGUGAAGUUCCACAGAGACGACCACCCCACAGAGGAAGCGAGGGUCUUGACCCUGAUGGAGGCUGCUGCUCUGGGCUACCACAUCUCACUGCGUGGCUCACGCCUCACCCUCCGCUGUCCCUACUCCUCCCCUCUCUCAUACUUUGUCAAGGAGAGCGGAGUGGAUUUAGAGAUUGUCAGAGCAACCAUCCUGUACCGGCUCCAGAGCAACUUCCUGGCUGUUGACACCACUGUUGCCUGUGCUCUGAAUGAGGCAACAGCACAAGGGUCUGACCUGCUGUGGACUGUCCCUUAUAUUCUGUCUCCGUUAGUCCACGGUCAGUUCAGGGACCGAGGCAUGAGGAUCGGAGUGAACGGCCGGGCUCUGAGUGAGUCUGAAAAUAAAGAGAGGGGAUUCAAGAUCGGCCUGCAGGAGGGGAGAGUGGAGGUCAGGAUUCCUUUAGGAGCACAUGGUGGACACAUUAAGAGUGGUGUUGUGAGGGGACAGUACAGCCAGUCCAUGUCAGUGGAUCUGUUCUUCAUGAGUCAGUGGGAGGACGAGCGCUGGCCUCUCACACAGCAUCGCUCCUUCAGGCUCCUUAAGACGCCUCUCAUCCCACAAAUCCCAGUCAUCACCAAACACACAGUCCCAUCUGAGGGAUUGUUUAACGUCACUUUAGGCGUCUUUGCACCUGAUGUUUCCCUCCAGAAGGUGACAGUCGAUGGUGGUGGCGACCUUUUAACCUGGACUCAGAGCCACCGAACACCGAGUGACACAGACCUCAGUGUGUCCAGGCUCUCCCACUCCAAUGGGAGCCACUCCUACCAUCUUUGUUUCCCGUUGUCGCACCCAAAAAUAAUCCCAGAGUAUAUAGGUGGUGGCAAUAAGACGUACAGCCUCUCUUUCACCUUUAUUCUUAACAUCUUACCCAAUGGAGCGGUGUUUUACCAUCAAGCAACUGUAGAGCAUAGUGUUGAAUACGCACCUCCAGGUUCCCCCAAGCUGGAGGGGAAGUGCACAGAGAGCAGCCUGGUGGUGCUGCUGCACCACGGGGCCCAGGCCGAACUCCAGUGGGAGCUCUUCAUCGGAGCCCACAAGCUGGACUCGGACCUGCUGGAGAUGGGUGGGUUCGUGGUGGAGGCGGAGGAGGACUACUUGACUGUGGAGAUCCCCUCCUACAGCCCUGUGAUGAACUAUGGGGAGCUGACUUUGCGGGGUCUUGUCUCCGGAGUGGAAGUGUCUGUUAUGGGUGCAGAGUCUCUGAAAGUGGAGGACAGUCUUGUCCAUAAAUGCACCUUUCCUGUUGGAGAACUACUAGGUUACAUACAACAAGCUCAAACUGGAGCAUCGACACCACCCACACCACCCCCCACCCACCCCAACCGAACCACGCUAUUGGACCCCAGCUGUGUUCCCAUGGAGACAGACAGUGCCAGAGCCCUGUUCAGCUUCAGCCUGGACUCCUGUGGGACAACUGUAACUACUGAGGAAAAUUUCCUUGUUUAUGAAAACCAGAUCAGUUACAAUCAAGAUUUUCUGCCUUUGGAUGAUCCUCUCAUCCACAGAGAUUCUCCAUACAGGCUGACAGUUCAGUGUCGCUACCCAGCAAAUGAUGAUAGUAGUAGUACUUUUGUUAUCCAACACCCUUUGAACGCCUCUCUGGACCUUUCACCCAUCAAGCCAGUCAAACGCACACGCAGGAAAGCUGCAAACACAGGUCAAAGAAGAUGGAGGGUGAAUUCGGAGGGAUGGCAAACCUUCAUCUAGUGUGGAUCACAUCUACACUCGUCUCCAUGCUGCUGCUACUGAUGCUCUGCACGUGGGUUUCUGCAUACUUGACCUGUAAAUUAAAUAAAUGAACACUAUUUUAUUUUA